CACACCCUCCAGCUCGUCGAAUCCGCCAGUCUUUCAUACGCGCUCAACCUGCAGAUGGUGAUUUGUGACUCGACUGCAAAGGGUGCAUACCAUCGUCUCCUUCUCCAGGCUCAUUGUCUCGAGCAAUCCCCCAAGACUGGUCUUUCCAAACCCGGGUCCGAAAGACACCGCAGGAAAUAUCCAGGGCUCCCGCGUUGCACCCUAGCAGCGCCCCACCUUCGCCGUCAUCAUGCAAGCUGACCGUCCUUGGAGCCUCGCCGUGGACUCAGCAGCGAACACAGAAUCGCACAUCCUCGAGCGUCCUUUUUUGAUACCCGGACCGACCUCCCCACAAUCAUCCUUGCUUGCCUCGGGUCAGUCGUACCUCCUGCUUCCACGCGUCCGCCUCGAUAACGGCACAGUACUCCACAACGCCGUCCUUGCGUACAAGACGUGGGGGACGCUGGACCCCAUCAACAAAAACAACGCACUGGUCGUGUGCCACGCUCUCACUGGCAGCGCUGAUGUAGAAGAUUGGUGGGGACCUCUGAUCGGCCCUGACAAGCUGUUCGACCCGACUCGCUUCUUUGUCGUUUGCGGAAAUGUGCUUGGAUCUCCGUACGGCUCUUCAAGUCCCUGCACUCUCAAAGGUGGUGAGCCAGGCUCAGAGCAAGAGCGAAUAUUCAAAGGCUUGCAAGACUGGGAUGGCGAGGGCUGGUGGGGACCCGAGUUCCCCUCGACGUCGGUCAGAGAUGAUGUGAGGAUACAAAAAGCAUUGCUAGAUUUCCUUGGCGUAGAACAGAUUGCGGCAGUCAUCGGUGGGUCCAUGGGUGGCAUGGCCGUCCUCGAGUGGCCGUUGUGCUUUCCCACGCGCUUCCCACCGCUACGCAACUCGGAUUCUGGACCUUCGACCCCGGCCAAAGCGUACAUUAAAGCGAUCGUUCCCCUUGCAACGUCUGCAAAUCACUCUGCCUGGGGUAUCUCAUGGGCCGAAGCGCAACGCCAGUCCAUAUACUCGGACCCAGCUUUCGUCCACGGAUACUAUCGCCCCGACGAACCGCCACGUAAUGGCCUUGCGGCAGCGCGUAUGGCCGCACUUCUCACGUACAGGAGUAGAGAGAGUUUCGAAAGCCGAUUUGGCAGGCGAAUUGGUGGCAAGAAAGGCGGUGCGGCAGUUGCACAGGCCUCGGUCUCCAAUGGGACGAAAGCUGAGCUCGAGCGAAGGGGCAGCCGCGCAGCCGUCGAGCACAACGAAGGGAAUACGAGCGCCUUUCCGCCAUCGCAGUCGCAUCCGCGCACGAAUGGGCAUGGAGAACAGAAGGGUGUCUCCAACAUCACGAAAGCAGAGGAGGCUCUGCAUCUGAACGGGCCGCAGCACGAUUCAUCGAGCAGCAGCGAGUUUAGGCCGACUGGAACCACCCCGCCAGCUUCACCUCCAGCAGCCGACGCGGCGAAUUGGUCAACAUCUGGAGGAACCAAGGCAUCCCUAUCGACUGCGACGGAGCCGUCCAUCGGCUCCACGAAGAUAUUCAGCGCUCAAUCGUAUCUGCGCUACCAAGGCGACAAAUUCGUCAAACGCUUCGAUGCCAACUGCUACAUCCACCUGACGCGCAAAAUGGAUCAGCACGAUGUUGCUCGGGGUAGAGAAAAAUGGGGCUUCGAAGAAGGAGCGGAAGAGAAGGAGUGGGCUGGCCUUCCGCUCGGCGUGCCUCCUUGCGCAGAUCCGCCAGCGGGCGAGUCCGGCAAAGAAGGCGAGGAAUAUGUGGAAGCAGUCGCUGGGCGCGUCCUGGGCACGCUCUCUGUCCCUUCGCGCGGCCGCUUCGGCGCGCCUCCGCCGCGCGUGCAGGUCGUAAGCAUCGAGUCGGACGGGCUGUUUGCGCCACCCGAACAGCAGCUCAUCCACGACAGCAUUAAAGGAAGCGAGCUCGUGCAUAUCGCCAGCCCGGAUGGGCACGACGGGUUUCUGCUCGAGUUCGAGCAGAUUAACCGUCACGUCGGCCGCUUCCUGCGCCAGGUCCUCGUUGAUGAGGCGACGGGGCAGAGCUUGUAUGAUGGACAUGGCAUCGGGUACGAGCAGUGGAAGGACUGGCAUGGCUCCGAUCUAAGCCAGACCGCCCCUAUCGGAGGCAGCACUAGCCAAGGAUCGAGUGCUAAAGUCAAGGAGAGCGUGUUUGGAGAAGUCGAAGAUGUCACACGUUGGUAAAUGUAAGAGGGUGAUCAUAUGUUCACACGGUGGAGUAUUACGUUAAAAUUUCAAGGCA